AUGUCCAUGGCUGGGUACCUCAAUGGCGGUGGGCACGGGGUCACCUACGCUGGCAACGGGGGCUAUGGCCUUGGCUACGGAGGCCUGGGCUACGGUGGCCUGGGCUACGGUGGCCUGGGCUACGGUGGCCUGGGUUAUGGCGGCCUCGGUUAUGGUGGCCUAGGCUACGGUGGUCUCGGCUACGGAGGCGUCGCACUUGGGGGCCUAGGCUACGGUGGUCUCGGCUACGGCCUCGGAGGACUUGGCGGGGGACUGGGAUACGGCUACGGUCUCGGAGGCCUGGGAUACGGCGGAGGUCUGGGAUACGGCGGAGGCCUGGGAUACGGUGGAGGCCUGGGAUACGGUGGAGGCCUGGGAUACGGCGGAGGCCUGGGAUACGGCGGAGGCCUGGGAUACGCUGCUCCAGUUGCGGUCGCCGUGGCGCGCCCCGUGGCUGUCGCAAGGCCCGUAGCUGUCGCUCCCCAGUACGUAGCCGUACAGAGGCCAGUGGCCGUCGCUCAGCCGGUCGUGGUCCAAAGGGCUGUAGCAUACGCUCAACCUGCGGCCCAGAAGGUCGUCGCUGUCCAGCGUCCCGGCCAGAAGGUAGUCAGCGUCUCUCGUCCUGUCGGAGUUGCCCAACCAGUUACCUACGGUCAACCGGUUGCUGUCGCCCCAGUGGCCGUCGCUGCUGCUCCAGCCGUAGGCGUCGUCGGAUACGGUGGUGGACUGGGAUACGGAGCAGGGCUGGGAUACGGAGCAGGUCUGGGCUACGGAGGCGGACUCGGCUACGGCGCGGGACUGGGAUACGGCUACGGAGGUCUCGGCUACGGCGGAGGACUGGCUGGAGUUGGCUACGGAAGCGGCCUCAGUUACGGCCUUGGUUAUGGCGGGUACGGAUAUGGCGUGAAGCCCGGCUACAGUCUCGGCGGGUAUGGCUACGGCUACGGAGGCUACGACUACCUCCGCAAGAAGAAGUAAGCACCUUCGACGUUGC